UCGAUACGUGAGUAAGGCGGCGUGCUGGAGAAUCCCCGCCGAUAAACCGCUUGGAAUUGGAAGUGAUUGCAGCGAGAGAUAUUCUCGCGCCACGCAAAUAAGCAACUGAAUAGUUCGUAGUGAUUAAUUUGGUCUUUUUUGUCAACGAAAACGAUGGAUUCACUGUUGAUGUGGAAAGCCGUAAGAAAAAUUGGCAAUGAAACGUCAAGCCGUCGCUGCGGAAGACUAAUUGUUAACACAAUCCAAAAUUUAUCAUUUGUUCAUUCUCUUCAUCACUACGAAUUGAAAUUUCAGCAGCUCAAUUUAGACGCGAAUGGCGCCGCAGCAGAUAGCCAUACUCGGCGCCGGCAUCUUCGUCCGUCAUGAAUACCUUCCGAGAUUGUCCGAGAUUUCCGAUCUCUUCGUUCUCAAAGCCAUCUGGAGUCGUUCUGAGGAGUCUGCCAGAGGUGCAACUGAUAUUGCGAAGAAGUCUUUCCAAGAGGUUGAGUGUAAAUGGGGCGAUGAGGGGCUCAAUGAGAUCAUUCAAGAUAAUUCCAUAGUUGCAGUGCUUGUGGUUCUUGCUCCCCAAUUUCAGGUGGAUUUGUCAUUGAAGAUGCUUAAGGCGGGAAAGCAUGUUCUUCAAGAGAAACCUGCAGCAUGUUCCAUUGAUGAGGCGGAAUCUGCUUUAUCAAGCUACAAUUCUCUUACCACAUCUUCACCUUGUAAACCGAUUUGGGCGGUUGCUGAAAACUAUCGUUUUGAACCUGCUUUUAUGGAGUGCACAAAGCUUGCAGCUGAUAUCAAAGAAUUGAUUAAUUUUCAAAUCCUUGUGGAAGUUCCAAUGAAUAGGCCAAAUAUGUACACUUCAAGUAAAUGGAGACACGACUUUACGGGUGGUUACGUUCUUGACAUGGGUGUUCAUAUCGUGGCUGCAUUGAGGAUGAUUGCAGGAUGUGAGGUUCUUUCUGUGUCGGCCGCAACUUCUCAUGUUGAUACAACACUGCCUCCACCAGAUACCAUGUCUUCUGUGAUACAACUCGAGAAUGGUUGUUCAGGAGUCUUUGUACUGGUUGCAUCCGCACAAACAAUUAAGAUGCUCUAUCGCUUUGUGGGCUUAAAUGGGACGUUGCAAAUCGAGGUCACACAAGAAGAAGGAAAAUAUGGAAAUUUGGUUAAACUUUUCUUACCGGACGGGCAGACCAAGUCUUCCUUCUACCCUUUCAAUGGUGUAACUGAAGAGCUGAAAUUUUUUCUCAACAAUAUUUCAGAAGCCUCCGACAAGAAAGAUGGAAGCUUAGAGAUGGAUCCUCGGAUUAGUCUUCUAGAAGGUGCAAGAGAUGUUGCCGUUGUGGAUGCCAUUCUUGAAUCUGGGAAGAACAGUGGAGCUCUUGUCAAUGUUAAGAGGUUUUAGCUUCGUGUCAAAAAUGUUUGGUACGACUAAACUCUUGGAGAAUUUAUGUCUGUAUUUUACCAUAAUAAUAUAUGUCAAAAUAAGAUUUGUCGGGUUUGAAUUCAUGGCGUCACGACUUGCAUUGUUUCUAGUUUUGUAUCAUACUGUCUGUGAGUAGAAUUUGGCACGUGUUAAAUUCACAGCAGUAGUAUAUAUUAUUAUUACGAUUAUUGUUGUUAAUUUGAUGUAUUUUUAAUCCAA